CCACCUCUCCUCCUUCUCUCUCCUGUUUCUCUCUCUACGCUCCUCGUCGCGUGCCCACGUCUCCCCCGCCUGCCUCGCUCGCUCCCUCCCCUCCAGAUCCGGUCCGCCCCGCCGCCGCCGAUGUCCGAAGAUCCCGCGGGAUCCCGCCGCUGGCGGUGCGACCUCGGCGGCGACGAGCGCUGGCUCUCGGGGGCCGCCGGCGACGACCACUUCGACCGCCUCCCCGACGCGUUGCUCCUCGUCAUCUUCAACCGCAUCGGCGACGUCAAGGCGCUCGGCCGCUGCUCCCUCGUCUCCCGCCGCUUCCACGAGCUCGUGCCCCUCGUCGACUCCGUCGUCGUCCGCGUCGACUGCGUCAUCCCCGACGAGCCCCCCUCCUCGUCGUCCUCCCCGUCGGCGCCGUCCUCUCCUACGGCGUCCGUGCGCGCCCGCGGGGUCUUCUCACAGAUCGCGCGCAUCGUGCUCGGCGGCAUCGUGAAGCCCAUUCAGGCGCUCGGUCAGAUCCUCUCCCCCGCCAACUCCGCCUCCGGCUUUCCGGCAUCCUCCACUUCCUCGCCAUCGUCGUCGUCCUCCGCCUCGCCACUGCCUGCUGGGGACGUGUCCCACCACUCUCCCUCGGAGGUGCUCCGCUCCUUCAAGGAGCUCCGCCACCUUCGCAUCGAGCUCCCGGCGGGCGAGCUCGGCAUGGACGACGGCGUGAUGCUCAAGUGGAAGGCUGACUUCGGGUCCACACUGGGCAGCUGCGUCAUCCUUGGAGCAUCCUCGGCCUCGACCUCGACCUCGACCUCGACCUCGACCUCGACCUCGACCUUGCCCUCGCCCUCGCCCUCCGCUGGCUCAGAGGGCGCGAGCUCCGCUCCCUCUGUUGACGAUGCUGGCCGCACAGAGCCUGAUGAUUGUGACGAUUCAGGAAGCAUCCCUGAGUCGUUCUACACAAACGGGGGGUUUAAGCUGCGGGUGGUUUGGACAAUCAGCUCGCUGAUUGCAGCCGCCGCGAGGCAUUACUUGCUGCAGCCCAUCAUUGCUGAUCACAGGAUGCUCGAGAGCUUGGACCUGACAGAUGCUGAUGGCCAGGGAGUGCUCACCAUGGACAAGUGCCAACUGCAAGAGCUGAGGGUGAUACCAAUAUCAACAUCUAGGGGCUCACACCGGACGCUCAUGCCAGAGCUUAGCAUGUGGUUGUGGUACGCACCAUGUAUUGAGCUGCCUGGGGGGUUAGUGCUGAAUGGCGCAACACUGGUGGCCAUCAAGCCAAGUGAGGAAGGAACAGGGGACACAGUUUGGAAUGGGGCUGAUGGUGCAGCUUGGGUGUUGGAUGCAUUCGAGGAGCCGUAUAGGACAGCGGUGAGGAUGCUUCUCAAGCGGAGGACCUACAGCCUUGAGAUGAAUUCAUUCUAAUCUAUGGGGAGAUGGCAUUUUGGAAGCUUCAGAUGUGAGAGGAUGUUAUAACUACUGAUGUGGAGAAGUUUCUGGAUGUCUUUUAUGCACCAAUCUGCGCCUACUUUGGAUGUUUCAAGUUAUGUGCUAUUGUAUGCCUUUUCUUGUUGAGCAUCUGUCAGCAAGAACAUGGAUGCAAUCAAACAGAAACUGUGUUAAUUUAUGAUGCUGGAGUUGAAAGGCAAAGCCAUAGUUGAGUUGAUGGUGUCCUCUGAGAUCAGAUGUGGCAUAGAUAGUUUUUUUCCCUUAUAUGUAUGCACAUCAAGGUACUAACCUUAUGUAAUUUCUACUUUUGGAUUGUGGCAUUGUGCUGCUUGUUUGCAGAAUAGCAUCCAAUGCUCUCUGUACAUCAAUGUGUGUCAAGAGUGGACUCGUAGAUUUGCCAUCAGCGAAAGCUAUAAAAUUGUUACUGCUACUUCAAAUGGGUUUCGAAAUGUUGUUUCCUUCUACCGUU